CCGUUUGCCUUGGACUUCGUCGCCUAAUUUUUUUUUUCUUCUUCUUCUUUUUACGUCGUCCAGCCUUUCAUUUCGUUGUAUUAUUCUUUUCUCGCCGCAUCGACUCGCAUCCACAACCACCCCGUCAACCUGCUGCCGCCGUUAUGGACCACCCGCCCGUCGAGAAGCCUCCUCCGUCGCGCCUCAAAGUUACCCUGACCGUGCUUUUCCACUCCGCAUGCGCCAUCUGGAGCACCAUCCUCUCCAAGUCGGCUCUCAAUGGCGUUGACGCCCCCGUCACCCUUCUCGCCCUCCAAACUACCAUCCAGGUCAUCCUCCUCACUACCAUAGGGACCUUUACCGGAUGGAUUAAGCUGUCCCGCCCGGCAUCGGCCUGGUGGUCCCUCCUCCCCCUCACCAUCGCCCGCCUCGUCGGUAUCCUCGCCAAAACCUACUGCCUCGCCUCCGUCAACGCCUCCGUCUACCAAAUCGCCCGCGGCCUCCUCCUCCCCAUCACCCUCCUCCUCUCCCUCCUCGUCCUCAAGCCGCGGCCCUACUACCCGCCCCUCUCGCUCGCCGGCUGCGCCAUGGUCAUGGGCGGCUUCGGCGCCGGCAUGGCCGCCGACUACACCCAGAUGCUGACCAGCGGGAAGGGCGUCCUGCUGGGCGUGGGCUCCAGCUUCACCACCGCCGUCGAGUCGGUCGUCGUGAAGCGUUUUCUCGGAAAGAGCGGCGAGGGCAUGUGGCAGAUGGUCUGGAUGUCCAACUGCAUGGCCGUGCUGUUCUACCUCCCGCUGCUGCCGCUGUCGGGCGAGCUGGCCACCACCGCUGAUAUCUUCCUGGGACGCUCCCAGGAGGCCGGCGGGCGACAGUUCCUCGCCACGGCUAUGCUUACCGGCGUGUCGGCUUUCCUCCUUACCAUUGCUACGUUUAUGCAGAUCGAGGUGACCAGCCCGACGACCCAUAUGAUUGUUACCGCUGCCCGUGGCGUCGCGCAGAGUUCCCUUGCUAUCGUCGUCCUUGGUGAGGUGCUCACCACCGACCGUGUCGGUAGCAUGGCCCUCAUUCUGGGUGGCAGUGCACUUUACGGCUGGGCCAAGGACCGUCAUGCGCAGAGCAAGCAGUCGCCCAAGGGGAAUUACCUCCCUCUGACCAACACCGAGCCAAAGGACGAUUCCGAGAACAAGGAGUCCCGGUAGGGGUAGAGCAGGUUAAACUGAUUAUGAACGGAGUUCCUUUGAUGGCCCACCAUACCAUACCAUUCAUUGUACGGACGGCCGCCGCGGGAGCAAGAUGGAUGUCCUUGUUAUGUAGUUCUCUUAUGGUCUCGGGUUGGCGCUUGGAUUGUUGACAUGGGCACUCUGCAUAGACAAGACAUGUUGAUAUCUUUCUGGAUAGACGUACUAUCAUGUAAUACAGCGUGUUGAUUUGUUUGAA